UGCGGUUUUUUUCAAAACAAUAACAAAAAGUGAUCAUUUUUAAUUGCAGUGUUUUUUAACAAAGUAUAAAUAAAACACUAAAAAAAUUUAAAUUUAUAAUUUGUAAACAAACAUCAAGUAAGUAAUUUUCAAGAUGACCAAGUUGCUUGUGGGCAACUUUUGGCAAUAGUGGUAAUUAUUUUACUUACUUACAGACAUGAGACCUGAACAAAAAGGCUUAACAAAUGAUGAUGUAGAAAGAAUUUUAAACUUUGAUUGGGAUGCCUCUAGUGACGAAGAAAGUGGUGAUGAGUUGGAAGAUAUUUCUGCAGUGCUAGAGAAGAAUUUGGAAGGCAUCUUGGAAAGAGGAGAAAGCAUUGAGAUCGGCCUAAUUGAAAAUGUAGUUGCGGAAGAAUAUGAUGAACAAUCUUGUAGUGCUGUAAAUAUGUGCUUUGAAAAAAUUGAUGCGAAGUCUCUUAAAUGGAGAUCGAGGCCAUUUGAAGACCCAGAGACUGUUUGGAAAGAGGAUGACAUCUUAAAGGUCGAUAUCGUUCUAACGGGUGAUUUUUUUGAGGUUAGGAUUUUCAUGCAUUAGUAUUUGACAGAUCACGUGGGAUUUCAGACAUGGUGUCAAAGAGAAAGAUGCUCAGUAUGCUUUGACAUUUCAUCAUGAAUAGACUUACUAACGAGCAACGCUUGCAAAUCAUUGAAUUUUAUUACCAAAAUCAGUGUUCGGUUCGAAAUGUGUUUCGCGCUUUAUUUUGUUCAGCGAUGAGGCUCAUUUCUGGUUGAAUGGCUACGUAAAUAAGCAAAAUUGCCGCAUUUGGGGUGAAGAGCAACCAGAAGCCGUUCAAGAACUGCCCAUGCAUCCCGAAAAAUGCACUGUUUGGUGUGGUUUGUACGCUGGUGGAAUCAUUGGACCGUAUUUUUUCAAAGAUGCUGUUGGACGCAACGUUACGGUGAAUGGCGAUCGCUAUCGUUCGAUGCUAACAAACUUUUUGUUGCCAAAAAUGGAAGAACUGAACUUGGUUGACAUGUGGUUUCAACAAGAUGGCGCUACAUGCCACACAGCUCGCGAUUCUAUGGCCAUUUUGAGGGAAAACUUCGGACAACAAUUCAUCUCAAGAAAUGGACCCGUAAGUUGGCCACCAAGAUCAUGCGAUUUAACGCCUUUAGACUAUUUUUUGUGGGGCUACGUCAAGUCUAAAGUCUACAGAAAUAAGCCAGCAACUAUUCCAGCUUUGGAAGACAACAUUUCCGAAGAAAUUCGGGCUAUUCCGGCCGAAAUGCUCGAAAAAGUUGCCCAAAAUUGGACUUUCCGAAUGGACCACCUAAGACGCAGCCGCGGUCAACAUUUAAAUGAAAUUAUCUUCAAAAAGUAAAUGUCAUGAACCAAUCUAACGUUUCAAAUAAAGAACCGAUGAGAUUUUGCAAAUUUUAUGCGUUUUUUUUUUAAAAAAAGUUAUCAAGCUCUUAAAAAAUCACCCUUUAGCACCAGUACAAUAUUUCGGUGAACUUUUUGAUACUGAAGCUUUUGAUUUGAUUGCCCAGCAAAGUGAUAUUUUUGCACUGCAAGAGCUCGGCAUUGAGCUCAAAUGUACUAAGGCGGAAAUAAGACGGUAUAUUGGUGUUUUGUUAUACUUGGGUGUUUUCAAAAUCCCUCAGUUUAGAAUGGCAUGGGCCCAAAAUAUAAAGCUUACAGCAGUUGCAGACUCAAUGUCACGCGAUAGGUUUAUGAAAAUUAAGCAAUGCUUACAUUUCAGCGAUAAAAGCAAACAACCUAAAAAGGGAGACUCAAAUUAUGACAAGUUGUACAAGAUACGCGCAUUACUAAACAUCCUCAAGGAAAACUUUAAUAAGCUACCGCAGGAAGAGCAUCAAAGUGUUGAUGAACAGAUAAUUGCAUUCAAAGGUCGGUCUACUUUCAAACAAUAUAACCCGGCGAAGCCCCACAAAUGGGGUUUCAAAAUGUUCACCAGAGCUGGAACAUCUGGAAUGGUAUUUGAUUUUACAUUGUAUGUUGGUGAAGGUACCUGCCCGUCUUAUGGAUUGGGACUGUCUUCGGAUGUAGUUCUCUAUUUGGCGCAAAAUCUUUCAAAGCACAAGAAUUACAAACUCUACUUCGACAAUUGGUUUACUUCAGUAAGCCUUCUUAUCGCUUUGAAGGAAAUGGGGAUAUUUGCAACAGGAACUGUAAGAAAAAACAGAAUUAGUAGUUGCCAGUUGGUUUCAGACGCUGAACUCAAAAAGCAAGGAAGAGGAUCAUUCGCUGUGAAAUGUGAAACAAACUACAAUUUAGUAUGUCUAAAAUGGUAUGACAAUAAGCCAGUCCAAGUCAUGUCUUCAUGUACAGAUCAUCGACUUGUGGGGGUAUGCAAGCGUUGGUGUCCAAAAGAAAAAGUUUAUAUUGAUGUUCCAAGACCUGCGAUCAUUGAAUCCUAUAACAAAGACAUGGGAGGGGUUGACUUAGCAGACAUGCUCAUGGAACUUUAUAAGAUCAACCAUCGCUCAAGAAAGUGGUAUAUCAGAGUCUUUUAUUGGUGCCUGGGAACAUCCGUUAUAAAUGCAUGGCUUCUAUAUAGAAAACACCUACGUUUGCUGGAGCCGAAAAAAAAAAUAUAUGCCAAUAAUACAAUUUCAACUGGAAAUUGCUAAUACACUCUUGCAAUAUACUUCUUCUGAGGAUUAUGUAACGAAAAAAAGAGGACGUCCAUCAAAUGUGGAAAAUGAUAGACCAACCUCCUCCCUUUGUAACACUCCAUCAAGCAGUGUCUCCUCACAAAGUACCAAAAAGUAUAGAGUCCAGCCCAACCCUCCAAAUACAAAGCGCUAUGACAAAUUGGAGCAUUGGGUCAUUUUUGGUGAAAAAGGGCGUUGUCGACUAUGCAAAACUGGAACUCACAUGUCCAAGUGCCUUAAGUGUAAUGUACAUCUUUGCUGUAACACCAACAAAAACUGUUUUUUGUCGUUUCAUACUUAAUUGUUCAGACUGAAUAAAUAAAACUUCACACUAUUUGCCUAACAAAAAAAAUUUGUAUUUUUAUACCACAAUCGCCGAACGUUGCUCACAAGCAACAUUCUCUAGCGCCCAAACCGAUGGGCGUGGUGACCUGAAAUUUUUUACAGAAAUUUCUUGAGCGAUUAAGAAAUAAUUUAAAGCAAAAAAAAAAUUUUAGAAGCACAGGGAAAAAGUCAGGCUCGAAAGGGUUAAGUGUGCAUAAGUGAGGUGAAAAAUUGUGCUGCGAAAAUAGAAGAGAAAAUAGAACAAAUUCAAUAAACAGUCAGGUGCAGUGAAAAAUAACUCACAAACGAAAAAAAAGGCAUAAGGAAAUCACAACAACAACCACCAGCACAAGGAUUGUAGAUAGGCGCACAGGCACAAGCACAGACACAAGCACAGGCACAAUGUGGAUCUCAAUCCCUUUACAUAGUUACUAUUCAUGU